AUGACAACCCCUGAGCCAGCCAUUACAAUUUUCGCCCCAUCAUACACACAGACAAAAGUACUGGUCAUCGCCAUAAUAACGAACGAAGUGCAUGCCGUCAAAAAGACAAGCGGCUUGAUUGGCCAACCUUGUCUCACGAAUGAAAAACGACGCUGUGUUCCAGACAAUGCCGAGUGCAUCGAUGAAAUUUGUAUGUGUGCCGGCUUCUACAAAGCCAUUGAUGGAGCCUGUGUCACCGAAAAAAGUAAAACACUCAAACAACAAUGCCGUGGCGGUGGCGAUUGCCACGGACCCGGCGAGUUUUGCUCUUCGUUCUCGAUUUGUAUGUGCCUGAGCACUCAUGUUGAUGUCGGCAGUCAAUGCAAACCGGUAAUCUACCCUGGCCAACACGGGUGUGAAGACACGAUUCAAUGCAACAAAGGCUUCCCAGGUGCUAAUUGUGAUGUUCACCGGAAUUGCGUGUGCCCAGUUGGUCUCGUUGCUAUUCAACAAACCUGUGUAUCAAACGAGCAUGCUGCUCAUCACCCACCUAUUCGAAAUGAAAUAAUGCUGCAAAAUGAAAUUAUGGCUGAUCACCGGACAAUCAAUCGUUCUGAGUUCCGAGGAAACUUUUAUAGAAGAAGGAAUUACGAUGGUCCGAGAGCUUACCAAAUUGGUCCAGAUCUCACAUGCUCCUAUGACAACCAAUGUGCCGGUUAUCCCCUUGCCAUCUGCGAUUCUGUGUGUAAAUGCGUGAAAGGCGCACUGAACACUGGUACAACUUGUAUUGCCACUUCCACAGCUCUCCAAUCUUCCGUCGCAUGUCCUACUGGUCAGACGUACAUUCGUGAAGCUGGAGUAUGUAUGACAGUUCAACAACCUGGAGAGCCAUGUCAGUACUCUCAACAGUGCUCUGCUUUGGAGCCAGGAGCAUAUUGCUUGAAGAUGAGAUGUGAAUGUGUUUAUGGAAUGAAAAAAAGCAGCAACGGGUGCACAUUUGUCAACAACGACUGCAAAGAACGAGGACACAUUUUCAUUAGUGAGAUUGGAGAAUGCAGAGAAGUCAUUCCACCCGGAGGAAAAGGAUGCUCCCACAAUCUACAAUGUUCUGGGGCUUAUCCGGAUGCCACUUGUUUUAUGCAAACCUGUACUUGUCCUCCCAAUUUACCAGUGGCCGCUGAUGGAACCUGUGGCAGAAAUUGUCCGGAUAAACAAGUCUAUUCUGGAGUCACUGGAGAAUGCCUUCCAGAAAAACAACCCGGACAAGAUUGUAUCUACUCCUCUCAAUGUCAAGCCGUUUUUGGUGGAUUGGUAUGCGACAAGAACACUUGUCGUUGUCCAAAUGGGUUGGUGUUCGAUGGAUUGAAAUGCUCACAAUCUUGUUCUGGAAUCAAGCGAGUUAUUGAUAAGGAAAUUUGUGUUGAAGGUUGUCCAUCUGGCCUGGUUGAAGUGGCUGGUCGUUGUGUUAAACAAGUCUCUAUCGGUCAACCGUGCUCCGCAAAUGCUCAAUGCAACUUUGGAAGCUUCUGCCAGAGUGGAACUUGUCAAUGUCCACCUGGAUUCUACGUUAUGGAUAGCCAGUGCCGAGCUAUUGAAAGUGACCCAAAUGGAAGUUGCCAAAACAACGAAAAAUGUACAAAAGGAUCAGUGUGCUACAAUGGAAAAUGUACUUGUCCAAGCAACCAGGCACUGGUCAAUGGUUAUUGUCAGCAGAAUCGUGCAGCUGCCCUUGCCUAUAACACUGCACUAAAUAACAUCCGCAAAAUCCGACUGAGAUUUGCAAGUCAAGCAAAGUCACGUAACUCACCCCAGCUACUAACAAAUGAUGAUAAUAACAUUGAUGAUGAUGAUGAAGCUAACUCUGUACCGAUUGGAAGUGCAUGUGUCCGAGUUGGAGUCACAUGUGAUGGUGGAUCAGUUUGCGUAGCUGGAAUCUGUGUCUGUCCGUUGGGAAAAACGCCAAGGAACGGAGUCUGCAUUGAGCAAGUAGCAGCAAGACCAGGAACGUCUUGUAGAAAUGGAGAAGAAUGUGUGGAGAAUAGUUACUGUAGUGAGGAAACUCAUAAAUGCGAAUGCAUCAAAGCAUCUCAAAUGGUCAUCGGUGGAGAGUGCCGAGAACGGCUGAAGGCUCAUCCAGGCUACGGAUGCACUAUGGGAGAAAUGUGUGUUGGCAAUUCAGUCUGUAUUAAUGGGAAAUGUGCUUGCACUGAUGGAAAAGUUGAUAUCAAUAAGAUUUGUGUAGAGCCAGUUUCAGCGAAACCUGGAGACACCUGCGGAAAAGGAAUCGUAUGCAAUGGUGGAAGCUAUUGUAACACAGAUUCUAGGAAAUGUGCUUGUCCCAGAGGCGAGAAUGCUAUCAAUGGGAUUUGCAAAGCUUUCACAUUUGUUUAUCCGGGUGAUCUUUGUACCGAAGUGACUUCCCGUUGUGCUGGAGGAUCCUACUGCGCUCGUGGAAGAUGUGAAUGUCCACUGAACAUGAAUGCCGUUGAUAAGAAAUGUGUUCUUCAACAAAUCGCGGCUCCUGGUGAGCACUGUUCUGAGAGCAUCACGUGCACCGGAUUUUCGGUUUGCAAGUCUAAUAGAUGUACUUGUGUGAACGAAAUGAUGAUUCGAGAGAAAAUGUGCGUGCAGAGAAAAAAAGUGAAGAUUGGAAGAUCAUGCAGUUUGGAAGAUCAGUGUCUUGGAAACUCGACAUGCACUGAUAACAGUUGUCAAUGUCCACCUGGUCAUGCUGCAAGCCUGAAUGUCUGUGUUCUCCGAAAAACAGAUGUCCAAAUCCUAACAGUAAUGGCUGGAAUUACAGUGACUCCUGGAUACCUGUGCAAUCCUGAAGAUAUUUGUACUGGCCAGUCUGUUUGUAUCAAAGGUGUCUGUCAAUGUCAACCAGACUAUAAGCAAAUGCAUAAUAUCUGCGUAAAGAAAAAUAUCGGCGUUGAAGGAAGUCCAUGUUCAAACAGAGACGAUUGUGGGGAAGGACUAACGUGUUCUUCUGGAAAGUGUUCCUGUCCAGAAGGACUUUUCUCAGUUAAUGGAAGAUGUAGAAGUUACGUUCAAAUGGGACAUACUUGCACUAGUGAUGAUAGAUGUACUGAUAGAAACGCGCUCUGCCAGGAAAACGUUUGCUCCUGUAAAUCAGGAUUCACCAAUAUUACUGGACAAUGCUCCGCGAACAUUGUGCAACCUGCAGAACCAGAAACCCUAUCUCAAGUGAAAUCUGGUCUCAUUGGUCAUAUCUGUACAACAAAUGACCAUUGCAAAAUCCUUCAUUCACACUGCCGUCGGAAUGUUUGCAUUUGCAAGGAUGGAUAUAGAAUUUUCGGGUCGACACAGUGUAUUCCAAGAGUUGCAAAACCCAAGGAGAGAAAAAUAGAAAAAGCUAGCAAACUAGUAGAGCUCGGAGAGCAAUGUGAUAAACUAUCACUUUGUCAACGAGGUGCAGUUUGCAAAGAAGGACACUGCUCCUGCCCGGAAACCUUUUUUGAGAGUGAUGGUGUUUGUGUGAAGAAUGUUGCCAGCAUUAAAGUUGUUGUUCCUCCCCUAUCAUCUUGUUUGAAUGGUGAAGAAUGCAGUGGGAAUAGUGAAUGUGUUCAUGGAAUGUGUUUCUGUAAAGAAGAGUAUACCUUGUAUCAAGGAAAAUGUCAACGGCUAAAAAUAGUGGAAAAGUUGAGAGUGUUGGAAACCAAAAAGAUUAUCAACCCGAUCAAGUCUUUUACAACAACCAAAACGGCUACUACAAGUAUGGCGACUACUGUAGCUCCAACUACAGUAACCCCAACAACAACCCCACUGUUACAAACAACUACUACCACUACAACUACUCAUGCUCCUUUAACUCCUAUUAGAAUAUCCAUGAAACUAGGAUCAACACCUCAACCAGCUCCCCAAGUGACUCCAAAUCCCAACUACGAAUACAAAUGGAAGCCCACAAAGUGUUUGGCAUCCAACCAAUGUCCAUCAGGAGCUCAAUGUGUCAAAGGAGAGUGCAAAUGUAAACCAGGACUCGCGAUUUCUAGAUACGGAUUUUGUGUUCCUAUUACUUUUGCUGAACCAGGAACUUCGUGCGCAUACGGAGAAAGAUGUCAGAAGGAUUCUCACUGCGCCGAUGGUCUCUGUACUUGCAAUGAACCAUUGAUACUGAAAGAAAACAAAUGUGUGAAAUCCCCAAGAGAGAAGAGAUUUGUAAGUGAUGUGCAUCGAAAACUUCUCCGUUUCACACCAAAGAAAAAAGCGAAGCUCGGAGAAUAUUGUUAUCGUGACGAUCACUGUGAGAGUCAAAAGCAGUGUUUGAAAAAUGUAUGCAAAUGUGGUCGAAACUUUGUGCAAUCUUCGUUUUCAUGUGUUCCAAGGAUGUCUGUGGUUUCUUCACUUGCUCUACCCGGCGAGUCCUGUCGCAAAGGAUUCUGUGUAGGAGGUUCUACAUGUUCUAACUUCAUUUGCAAAUGUCCUGACGACUACUUCAAACAAGGAGACACUUGUGUUAGAUAUGAAUCCCGAAUUGGUGCUCCGUGUGGAGUGUCUACUGGAUGCUCUGGAGGAUCCACUUGCUCUUCAUCGUUCUGUCAGUGUCAGGAUCAAUACGACGCAGAUGUAGAUGAGUGUUAUCCAUACGAUCCACCAGUGAGAUCCAGAAAUAUCAAAGGAAUCAGUGGUAGAAAGAAAGUGAACCGAGUUGUCAGUGCAUCUGGAAUCAACUGCCCCAUUGGAUACGAUCUAGUCAACGGGAUGUGUGUCAAUAGUGAAACCUUAUCGGUUAUCCAGCUGGCGGCUCCUGGAGGUGCAUGUGAAGAUGGAACGAUAUUAUGCACUGGAAACUCUGUUUGUGCCAACAACGUAUGCAUUUGUCCUGGUGGAGAAACCGUACAAAACGGAACCUGCGUAUCUAUCAACACCUACUCAGAACCUGGAGAACUGUGUGAUCUAACAAACACAAUAUGCACAGGAAACUCUCAGUGUAUAGAUGGAAUAUGCAAGUGUCCCAACAACCAAGGAGCUAUUAAUGGAAGAUGCUCGAAUAUGGGAAAUGUAAACUGUGGGAAUAUUCAGUGUGGAACCAAUCAGAUUUGUAUCCAGGACUUGUGCCAAUGUAGGCCGGGCUACUACCAACAGCCUGGAAGUUGUCUAGGUGAUCGGUGCAACUGUAUCCAAGAAACCGGAAUUUCACCUAUUGAUCCAUGCAACACCAGACAAUGUGGAAUGAACCAAAUGUGUAUCCAAGACCGUUGCCAAUGCAGAACAGGCUAUUUGGUUCUAGCGGAGACCUGUGUUUCUGAUAAGUGUAAUUGUGUGCAACCCUCAGUCGAUUCAUUCGGAAGUGGCUGUCAAAAUCAGUGUGGAAACAAUCAAAUCUGUAUUCAAGACCAGUGUCAGUGCAGAGCGGGAUAUUAUGCUCAACCAGAGACAUGUAUGGGAGACCGGUGUAACUGCAUUGAACAGUAUGUUCCAGACAAUGGCAGUUGUCAAAGACAAUGUGGAAAUAAUCAAGUCUGUAUUCAAGAUCAAUGUCAGUGCAGAAAUGGCUACGUUGCACAAACUGAAUCUUGUAUAGCCGAUAGAUGUAAUUGUGUCCAACGAGUGGUUGCCCAGCCUGUACCAUGUUUGGGAACUGGAUGUUCCGCAUCGUCUUCUCAAUCUUCAUCACCUUUCUUUGGGCUACCUGGUCAAAUGUGCGACUUGAGACCCAACGCGGUCCCCUGCCGAAAUGAAGCAUCUUGUAUCAAUAACUACUGUGCAUGCCCCUCAAAUCGAGUUAUCAGUGGAACAGAAUGUGUUUUCUAUCUUGGUGAUGCCCUUCCUGGACAAAGUUGUCAAAACUCCGGAGUCAUUUGCAGAGGUGGAUCAUCAUGUAGUCAGAGUACUUGUCAAUGCGCUACCGGAUUUAGCCCAUCCAAUGGAAGAUGUGCUCCUAUAGUUGAAAUAAGAUUCACCAUGAUCCCAAUGACAACUGCGAGACCAGCUGUCAUUAUAGAACUGAAUCCUGGCCAGACAUGUGACCCCCAGUGUUCAUUCCAACCGUGUCUACAAAGAUGUUCUGGAGGAUCUUCCUGUAGCAACUCUGUGUGUACCUGUCCGCCUGGUAACUUCAUCAACAACAAUGCUUGCACCCCGAACUUACCACAAAACGACAAUUCGAACUUUACAAGAACCGCUCGACCUGGAGAAAACUGUGAUAAUACUAUUGUCUGCAUUGGAGGAUCCUCGUGUCUUUUUUCGACUUGUUCUUGUGAUUCUGGAUACACACCAAGUCCGGAUCGCUCUUCAUGUAUAUUGAUUGGUACAUACAAUGUGCGGUCUAGGUCCUAUCCAAAAUCUUUUUGCACGUUUGAUUCUGAAUGCACAGGCGGUUCCAUUUGUGUAGCAUAUCCCGGAUCGAAAUGCACUGGUACCACAACAUGUCAGAACAACACAACUUGUGUAUUUGGAUACUGCGUAAUUCCACAAGAUGAAAUAGAUAAAGAAACACCGAUGAAAAAAUCGGAAAAUGACGGAAAAAAGCAAGCUGCAAGAAGAACUCAACAGCCGAGAACAUUAACCGAGUGUCCCAGAGAUGGUUCCUGUAAACUUCCAGAUUGCUUCUGUACCAGCACCGGAAAAAUGCCACCAGACAACCUUGAUCCAAAACAAGUCCCACAAAUGGUCUUGCUCUCAUUCGAUGAUCCAAUCACUGAUCGAAUUAUUAACACGUUGAAAUCUUUGUUCAGUGGAAAAAUCCGUAAUCCAAAUGGUUGUGCAAUCAAAGGAACAUUCUUCGUAUCUCACCAGUGGAAUAACUAUGAUCAGACUCUUUGGCUACACAGCAAAGGAAAUGAGAUUGGCGUAAACUCAAUUACCAAGGAAGACUUGUCUGGUAGAACCAAGGAAAGGUGGUAUAAGGAACAGAAGGGAAUGCGUGAAACGUUAGCCGAGUUCAGUUAUGUUGAUAGGUCCCAAAUUUUGGGAACACGAGCCCCAAUGUUCAAAGUUGGAGGUGAUGCUCAAUACGAAAUGAUGACUGAAAACAAUUUCACAUAUGACAACUCUAUGCUUGUGAGUGGUGCAUAUUGGCCGCAAACUCUUGACCAUAAGUUACCAUGGGAUUGCACUGAAAAGUGUCCAACACAAACACACAAAGGGAUCUGGGAGAUCCCAAUUCAAAAUCUACAAGGAGAUGACUCAAGAUGGUAUAAGACUUUGAAUAGAGCUUUGAAACCAGUUGACUCUCGAGAUUCCGUGAAGAAAAUGCUAAUGAGAAACUUCAUGAACCACUAUAAAACCAAUCGAGCUCCAUUUGUGCUAACUCUGGACACCGAGUUUUUGACGUAUCUUCCUGAUAAUGGCGCAAUUUAUGCUUUGGAAGAUUUUCUGAAAGACAUUGUUCUCAAACAAGACGUGUUCAUUGUCACCGGAAGCCAGAUGAUUGACUGGAUGAGAAGUCCAUAUGACCUGAACAACAUCAAAAACUUGAGAUCUUGGCAGUGCAAAUUUUUAAUGAACGAUCAUGUCCAGCCAUGUGAAGUACCAUCUACAUGCAGCUUUGAUGGUAGAUCACGUGGUCUACACGCUCACAGCUUCCGAAUGUGCGGAGUCUGUCCAACGUCUUAUCCAUGGAUUUCAUAA